GCGGUGAUUGUAAGAAAAUUGCUGCUACGAUUUAGAAAACAGAGAAAGACCAUACAUUAUUUUAAGAAUAUACAGGCUCCACGUAACUUAAUAUGUUAUUUGAACCUGAUCUAUUUUUUCAGUUUACCUUACAAUAGUGUGUUUACUAAAACCAGUACAAAACUCAACCGGUUUAGGAUUUGGUAACCGCUGGGUGGGUUUUAUCCCCAUUCCCCAGCUGGUUAGGUAGCUAGCGAAAGGUGCUAACAGGCUAGCUGGCUAACUAACGUUAACUGCAGCUGGGAAGGAAGCAGACCGCGUUUAACUCAUUUUCACAGACAAGAUUAUUAUUGGACAACAUAGUUUGAUUGUCUGUAUUCAGUCAUGGAGAAGGAUGCAAAUGAAGAACAGAAUGGUGAUGCUGCUGUGAAUCAGCAAAGGAAACCAGCAUUCAGAUACACAAAGGAAGAGCUUCUGGAAAUAAAGGAACUACCAGUGUCCAAUGAAAGACCUGAAUGCCUCUCUGAGAAAUAUGACAGUGAUGGUGUCUGGGACCCAGAGAAAUGGCAUGCAUCCUUGUACCCCAUCUCAGAGCGAAGCUCUCCAGUAGAAGGAUUUAAGAAGGACUACGGCGAUGAACGGGUUCCUUUAAAGAGAAGAGUCCCAGAUCCUCGUGAGCGGUUAAAGGAGGACGACUUAGAUGUCGUACUCAGCCCACAGAGACGUAGUUUUGGAGGUGGAUGUCAAGGCAAUGCAGCACCUGCACCACCUGCUACCCACUCCCGUCGACCCCCCAGCCCACUGGAAAACAAGGAAAAUGAGUCUCUUCGUCUCGGAGGAACUCGCAGAAUUGGCAGUGGACGAAUUAUUGCUUCCCGUGCCUUUGAGAGAGAAGCCCGUGCAGAAAAGGAGCGAGAACGGGAGAGAGACUUUAAGGAUAAAAGAUUCCGGAGAGAUUUUAGUGACAAGCGUGUGUUUAGUGAAAGGAGAAGAAAUGACUCGUAUGCAGAGGAGGAGCCGGAGUGGUUCUCAGCAGGUCCCACCAGCCAGUCGGAGACCAUAGAGCUCAUCGGAUUUGAUGACAAAAUUCUGGAGGAAGAUAAACGCAGGUCCAAGCGGUCAAGAAAGAGAGUGGACUCUGUUAAAGAAGCGAUUGAAUGUAAUGGUGGACUAGCUGAGGAGCAGGAUGUUGGUUUACAGUCCACAGCUGAUCAGGAGGUCCCUCAUCCUGAUGUUCUACCAGAGCAAUCAGCUGGAGAGUUUGACUUCAAUGAGUUCUUCAACCUGGAGAAAACCAUGCCAGGGCUAGCUUCUAUGAUAGAAGAUGUUCUGGGAGAGGGCCCUUCGUCAUCUAGCCGCUUCAGUCAGUUUUUCAACAGAAACUUGAGCCCAUCGGGAAGCCGAUCCAGCAGUCUGAGGUCCACUCCUCAUGAGGAGCUGGAGAGACUUGGAGGGCCUGAGCCAUGUUGCACAGCUUCCAACCAAGGCUCUGCCUUAUAUUUCACACCUAUUCCAUCAUCAGACUGCAAGGAGAAAGUGGACAUUCUGGACCUGCUGCACAAGGCCAAAGUAGACCUGAAGCCCCUUAUGUCAACCAUCUCGGUCAACAAAGCACGACUACGCGAAAGCAAUGUGGUGCUUUCACUGGAGGAAGUGGAGGGGGGGAUGAAGGGAAUGAAGCUGGGCUCAGAACCACCUGUCCAGAAGGUGGCCCCUCCCCAGAGAGGGAACGGCACUCCCUUUAUGGCUGAGCAUUUAGAGGAGGUUUUAACUGGUGGCCCCACCUGUCGGCCACGCUCGCGUGAUACAGACAUGUCAGCCUUUAAUAAACUAGUCAGCAGCAUGAAGGCAAGUGGAACUCUACCAACCCACCCCAAACUCAAUACCAACAAUCAACCUUCAGAUCAAAGUGUGGUGGCACUGUCUGAUGCUCAUGUACCUGCUCAGCAGCAACAGAAAAACAUCUUCCAGGAACUGCUGGGAGUUCGCAGUAGCUCCCCACCAUGUCUGGGUGGUCUGUUGGGCAACUCUGAAGCUGCAGGGUCUGGUGCUACCCUACACAGCCUCCUACACAAGGGCCCUUCACCCCCUCUUUUCCCACAGAGGGCACCUUCACCUGACUACUUUAAUCGGUUGCCACCUUCUGCAGGAUAUGUUGUUGGUCCUCAGUCGAUGCUGCCGGAACAGUUUACUGAUGUACACAGGUCAAUCAGUCCUGCACAGCAACAGAUGAGGGUUCUCUCUCUACCUGUGAAUCACGCUGACCUGGAAGCCCUGGCACUCCAGCAUGACCUCGCUGUCAAUGUCCACCCUUCGUUUCAGUCCAGCUACAACAAGCACCCACAGGACCGGUCUUUUAGAAACAGGCCACAGCGUGUUAAUCGUUCCCCUGGACCUCAGCCUGCUGGAAGAAACUCUCCAGGAAAUGCCGUCACCAGCAUGUUGUCUCCAUCAUUCACUCCCACAUCUGUGAUUCGGAAGAUGUACGCAACGAAAGAGAAAAGCAAAGAUGAGCCACCAGGUCGCUCUGAGACUAAAGAGGAGGCAACAGUAAACUCACGUGAUGGCAGCAGCUCUCCAAAUAUAUUUAUGGACUCAAUGGAAGGAAAUGUUACACAGUCAGGAGGAGCAAAGUCCAGCUCUCAAACCUUGCUAAGCAAGGACCAGGAACGCCUCAGGCCCAGCUCUGCAGCAACCCACAUGCCCACUAUGGUGCAGCCAGGACCAUCAUCUUUCCCUCAUUCCGUCUUCCCAGUGCCACUUGUUCCCAUGGUGCGCCCAGCCCCCCAGCUCCCCCCUAAUGUAGUUCAGCGAAUGUUGGCCCAGGGAAUCCAGCCCCAGCAGAUUGGACCUGCACUAAUGCAAGCAGGUAUAUUUCCACCUCAUGUUGACCUUGCACAACUUCAAGGAUUGACUCCUGCACUGCUAGGACAACCCCUGUACCCAUUAGGUGCGACAGGACAUCCACUUCUACCUCCCAGAGCCAAUAAUCCAAUGCCACUAGCGGUUUUACAGCAGAGACCAGUACAUCCCAGCGCACCAGGCUCUCAGUUACAGACCCAAGGCCCUCACCGGACAAAUGGCUCUCAGCGACACAGAGGAAGUCCCCCUCCAGGCCUCGCUAAGUGGUUUGGGUCAGAAGUACUUGAACAGCCGCUGCCCUCUAUGCCAGCUAAAGUAAUCAGUGUAGAUGAAUUGGAGUUUCGGCCAUAAGAAGAUAAAUGCUUUGCUGGAAAGUAAGAAUAUUUUUGUCCCUCUGCCUAGCUCCACCUUCUGGUUACCAUAAAAUGUGAACUUUAUUUUGAAAGACAGUGCUGCACCAUGGGACAUUCUAACUAUGCCAUGCUUUGUUUUCAGAAGGCAGGUGGAGAUUUAUUUUGCCAGCCGAGUGGGGAUUUAUUUUUUUUGUAUUAGACAGUAAAUAUUGUAAAGGCUUAAUUGUACAGAUUAUAGUAACGAGUCUUAUUCUGUGUAUAUAGUGUUUUUCUUUUUUUUGUCUUCUUGGGAAUAUGAAGCUGUUGUACUCGGAGACAGUCACCAGGUGCAGAUAGCAUUCCUUUGUGGUGUCUACCUUAACUGCCUCCUGCCCCAACAAGAAGAAAGCACCACUGUAAAUCAGAUGUGUAGGGUAGGUUAGUUCAGUGCACACUCCACCUUCCUUUGAUUUAGUGGCCCUUCUCCCAACAGGUUCAGCAUAGCGAGACACAACUGGAGGAUGCAGUAAACUGGUUGUGCCUUUUUUUUUUUGUUUGUUUGUUUUGUUCCCCGACUAUAUCCUCUCCAAUUCUGUGUCAUUAGGGAGGGGUCACAUUGUUCACAGUAUCAUCUGAGGGUGGUUGGGGUUCAGUCUGUGCUAUGAAGUUAUAAAAAGCACAAAUGGAAUUGAUAAAUAAAAACCUUGAAUAAAAUGUUUUGUUGUUUA